UCUGCAGCAGCAACCACUCAGCAGCAGCAACAACUCAGCAGCAGCAGCAACCACUCAGUAGCAACAACUCAGUAGCAACUCAGCAGCAACAACAACAGCAGUAGCAGCAGCAGCAACAACAGCAAUAUUGUUAUUGCAAUUGCACGGAGGAGCUGGGCGCGUAAAUACAAACUUGUAGAUGACAAGAGUCGUCGCGUAGCGGUGCACAGCACACGCGUGCCAAUUUGCCCCGUGACUUUUGUAAUUUUAUAUAUAAGAUAUUUAUUUUAGAGUGGCGGCGGCGGUGGUGGGUGUGGGCAAAUUUUAUCGCUUUUUUUUUUUAAAUCUGAGAGCCUCUGACUGCAUUCGUCCCAAAUGCUGGUUCACACGUACGCGGCCAUGGAGCGAGCCGACAUGGUGGGGUCCCACGGAGCCGGCCGCCUGGCCGCUCAGCUGGGCCAGGCCGGUGGGCCCUACUCGGGCAGCGCCCCACCGCUCUCCCACUCUCACUCGGCGGCCGCGGCGGCCGCGGCAGCCGCGGCCGCCGCAGCCGCUGCAGCGGCGGCCGACUUCCAGCCGCCCUACUUCCCCCCGCCGUACCAACCGCUCGCCUACGCGCAGUCCCAGGACCCCUACGGCGCCACCCCCCACGACCCGUUCGGAGCGCUAAACCCCCUGCACCAGCACAACGCCCUGCACCACCAUCACCAUCACCACCACAACAACCACCACCACCACGCGCACCAGAGCCAACAGGCGGCGUGGCAGCAGCAGCAGCAGCAAGCAAACGCGGCUCAGAGACAGGCCACACCAGAGGCGGCCAAUGCGCACGGCCACGCUCAUGGAGGUGGUGGUGGUGGUGGAGGAGGAGGUGGUAGUGGAGGUGGAGGCCACGGACACGGCCACACGGGGCCAUCGCAUCACCACCACCACGGGGCGGUGAGCGGCGGAGCGGGCGCGCAGCACGCGAUACUGCCCGCUCACUCCGCGGCGUCGACCCGAGCCUUGGUCACGCAGCUGUCGGGCGGACUGGAGUCGAGGAGAGACUACGGCACCCCGCGGCGGCCGGACAUUCUCCUGCACGGCUCCGGUGGGGGGCCGCCGGGGGGGGGGCUCGAUGUGUCGCUCGCGGACGGACUCACGCUCGCGGGACUCGUUCAUCAGCACAUGGACGACAUGCAGGUGGAAGAUGCCGUAAACUUGAAUCUUGUGGAUCAAUCGGUCAUCAAGAAAGCGGCGCUGUCAGGCGGCAAGUCGGCCGGCGCGCUGUCCCUGGGCAAGGACGGACUGAUGAGCGCCAUGCACGGGAACCCCUCGGAGGUGUUCUGCUCCGUGCCGGGCCGCCUCUCGCUGCUCAGCUCGACGUCCAAGUACAAGGUGACCGUGGGCGAGGUGCAGAGGCGCCUGUCGCCGCCGGAGUGUCUCAACGCCUCGUUGCUGGGCGGCGUGCUGCGCCGAGCCAAGUCAAAAAACGGGGGCCGCUCGCUGCGAGAGAAACUCGACAAGAUCGGCCUGAACCUCCCGGCAGGGCGACGCAAGGCAGCCAACGUGACGCUCCUGACGUCACUCGUGGAGGGCGAGGCGAUCCACCUGGCGAGAGACUUCGGCUACGUGAGCGAGACGGAGUUCCCCGCCAAGGCGGCCGCCGAGUACCUCACGCGGCAGAACACCGACCCCGGAGACCUGCACGGGCGGAAGAGCAUGCUGCUCGCCACCAAACAAAUCUGCAAGGAGUUUACGGAGCUGAUGUCCCAGGACCGGACGCCGCUGGGCAACGCGAGGCCCCCGCCGAUCCUGGAGCCCGGCGUUCAAGCGGCCCUGUCUCACUUCAGCCUCAUCACGCACGGCUUCGGCGGCCCGGCCAUCUGUGCGGCGCUCACGGCCUUCCAGAACUACCUCACGGAGGCCCUCAAAGCCACGGACAAGCUGUACCUGAACAGCCCACAGCAGCAGCAGCAGGGUGGAGGGAGCCCGCAGAGCAAGAUCGGGAACGGAGACAAGGAGGAGAAGCGGCGGAAGUGACCGCAUCUCGGUGCGAAUUUGUUCGCUGGUUUUCACGAACAUUCACCUUCAUUUUAUUGUCAAAUUUUCUCUCAUUGUUAAAAUCAUCGUCGCCGUCGUCCUCGUCUCCUCCUACUCUGAAGUUGUUGUUGUUGUUAGCGAGAGUCACGUUCUACCUACCGCUGGAUGAAAGCCUCCCCAAGCCGCCACCCUCCCCCCCCCCCCACCUGACCGUGCCAUCACCGCGACCACCGCCAUCUCUCGUGGACCUGCAAACCCACGCGGCGUUCGCACUCGUGAGAGGAGUCUCACCGCUCCUCCCUUCUCUGUGCGGUGGUGGCGG